UUACUUGUAUUUUUUUUCUAGCAAGUAAGCCGCAGUUGUUUAAGGAUAUUAACUAAAGCCCUGCAGUUUUCAGAGGAAGCGGAUUGUCUUUCCGGAAGCGGAGGAAUUUUAAGGGUUUGGCCUUCAGCGUAGUAUAACGUGGUUGCCAGAUUGGAUCUUAUUCUACGGGUUUGGCUAUUUGUGCACGUUGGAAUGAUAACGUUCGCUUCGCACUGGUGGAGAAAUUUCUUUAAGAUAUUUACUUUGAACUGGUUCGUGUAUUAAACUGAGCGGGUUCUUGACCAGUUCAUGGACAAGAAAUAGGAGAUAAUUUUGGCAACCCUGACAGCAGGCAGCGAUGUUCCAGCUGAAGUCCUGUGAAUAAACACACGGUGUGUGUAGGACGUUUAACUCAGUCCUGUCAAUGACAUUUUACUGAAGAAGACUAGGAGAGGUAUGGGCGAGCGGUGAAUCACUACAUUUCCUUACGGACUGAAGAGGAUGGGAGCAGUAGCCAGGCACUGGAGAUGUCAUUCGGUCGGCUCCUGCGACGCGCUUCAUCCAAAGCCUCUGACCUCUUGACCUUCAAUGCGGGUUCGGCAGGUUCACGGUCCGUGCAGGAUGGGGAGAUCAUCUUCUCUAAGAACAACGUGUGUGUGCACCCAGCUGAGGCUGUGCCCGGUCUGCCUGAGCAUCACCCAGGUUAUCUGUGUGUUCACCUGGAGAAGGACGAGACUCUGGGCUCUACUCUCAUCCUCACCUGGGUGCCCAACUCGCGUAUUCAGAGGCAGGAUGAAGAGGCCUUGCGAUACAUCACGCCCGAGAGCUCACCUGUGCGGCGCAACCCCCGCCGCCGCCGUGCCCGCCUAACCCAGCCACGCCCUCAGCCUGCACAUGAAGAAGAUGAGGAAGAGGAGGAGGCUCCCGAGUCAGGUCUGCAGCAGCAGGAAGAAGGUGAUGAAGGCUCUUGCGAGCUGUCGGCCGACGAGGUGAGCCGCGACAGUACGCUGGGCUCUGACUCGGAUACCUUCUCGUCACCAUUCUGCCUGUCUCCUGUGAGCGAGGCGCUGGCCGAGAGCACCAGCUCUGUCUUUCUGGACAGUGAGAGCAGGGAGAUGUGUGAUGAGUCCAUGACUCACUCUGCAAGCUCCACCUCCAGUUUGGACAGCCAUGCCCUUUCAGAGAGCAGUCAGUCUCAGGGCCUGAGAUGGGAGGAGCAGCAAAAGGUCCUGGCUGUAGAACAACUGUGUGGAGUUUUCCGGGUGGACCUGGGACAUAUGCGGUCCCUGCGGCUUUUUUUCAGUGAUGAGGCCUGCACAAGCGGUCAGUUGGUCAUAGCCAGCAGAGAGAGUCAAUACAAGAUCCUGCACUUCCACCAUGCUGGUCUGGACAAACUGGCCGAAGUGUUUCAGCAGUGGAAAUGCUGCAGGGAGACACAGCUCAAGGACCAGGUGGCGGAUGAGAAGUCGUGCAUGCAGUUCUCCAUCCGCAGACCCACUCUUCCCUCCACAGAGACUCACCCGGAAGAGCGUCUCUACCGGAGACUGGACGUCAGCUCCUGGCUGCGGCACCUGAACCACAACGGUCAAGUGGAGGAGGAGUACAAGCUCAGGAAGGCGAUCUUUUUCGGGGGACUCGACCCAUCCAUCCGCGGAGAGGUGUGGCCUUUCCUGCUGCACUACUACAGCUACGACUCCAGCUCAGAGGAGCGUGAGGCCUGGAGGCUUCAGAAACGCACUGAGUACCAAGAGAUCCAGCAGAGGAGGUUGUCGAUGAGCCCUGAGGAGCACAGUGAGUUCUGGAGGAAAGUGCAGUUUACGGUGGAUAAGGAUGUGGUAAGGACUGAUAGGAGCAACAUGUUCUUCAGAGGAGAGAACAACCCUAACGUAGAGAUCAUGAGACGUAUCCUCUUGAACUAUGCGGUCUAUAACCCCGAUAUGGGCUACUGCCAGGGAAUGUCUGAUCUGGUGGCUCCGCUCUUGACCGAGAUCCAGGACGAGAGCGACACAUUCUGGUGCUUCGUUGGCCUGAUGGAGAACACCAUCUUUAUCAGCUCGCCCCGAGAUGAGGACAUGGAGCAGCAGCUGAUGUAUCUGCGAGAGCUCUUGCGCUUAAUGCUCCCACGGUUCCACCAGCACCUGAUGCGACUCGGUGAGGACGGCCUUCAACUCCUGUUCUGUCAUCGCUGGGUUCUGCUCUGCUUCAAGCGCGAGUUUCCUGACACAGAGGCACUGCGCAUGUGGGAGGCCUGCUGGGCUCACUACCAGACUGAUUACUUCCACCUCUUUCUGUGCGUGGCCAUCAUUGUCCUCUACGGUGAUGAUGUCACAGAGCAACAGCUGGCAACAGAUCAGAUGCUGCUGCACUUUAGCAACCUCUCCAUGCACAUGAAUGGAGAACUGGUGCUGAGGAAGGCACGAAGCCUUCUCUAUCAGUUCCGGCUGCUUCCCAGGAUCCCUUGUAGUCUUCAUGACCUGUGUAAACUGUGCGGACCCGGCAUGUGGGACAGCCGUUACAUUCCCACCGUAGAAUGUUCCGGAGAACAUCCGGACUCUCAGAGCUGCCCCUAUGGAGGCAUGGCCACACCGCAACCCCUGCCAUCGCCGAGUCAGCCUAACGAGGGCAAGCGAGGCUCGAAAAAACGGGACAUCUUUAACUUUCGCAAGCAGCCUUGACUCUAGGUUAAAAUCUACACUUGACAGGAAGCCUAGCUCCUGAGGUGCCAUUCAACAGGUAGAUGGGUGAAUGAAGAUCGCAGUGUAAUUAUUAGUCAGAUUCGAGAGAUUUAUUCAAAAGGAUCACUGCCUACUCCGAACACAUAUUUAUGUGUAACUGAUGUCAGAGUCAGCGUUGACAAGAAGACUUCACUCGCCUUCCCAAUGCCGUGAAGAGACCUGACGAUCAGUGCUGGAUUAAACUGCAUCGAAUACAUUUCAGGAUUCAUAAGAAACUCAUAAAAAGGAUUUAUCGUGACAUUUGUAAUUGACAAAUCAAAUAUAUUGAUACUCUUUCA